AUGAAGGAAGCCGUGGUUGCUGAAGGGCCCAUCGUCACUAUUCAGGAUCUGCCCAUCCCGAGUAUCCAAGACCCUCGACAGCUGAUAAUCAAGGUUAUUUUCAGUGGGAGCAACCCCAAGGACUGGAAAGGACCUACGUGGUAUGGGAGAGUGUUCAAUCUGGGAGACGACAUUGCCGGCAUUGUCCAUGAGGUCGGCGAUGAUGUCACCGAGUUCAAAGUCGGAGACCGAGUCGCUGCUUUCCAUCAAAUGAGAACCCCCGGAGGGAGCUACGCCGAAUACGCUUUGGCGUGGGACUGGACGACAUUCCAUAUUGGUAAAAACACCAGCUUUGAAGAAGCGGCCACUGUCCCCCUAUCAGCUAUGACCGCCACAUUCAGUCUUUAUCACUGCUUGGCUAUUCCCCACCCAUGGACAAAAGCGCAGAAGCCGACGCCCCUCGUCAUUUAUGGUGCCUCCGGCGCAGUUGGCGCAUAUGCAAUCAAGCUUGCAAGCCUUUCAAACAUCCACCCCAUCAUUUGUGUUGCAGGAAGAGGAGCACAAUUUGUCGAUACAUUGAUCGAUCGAACCAAGGGGGACACAAUCGUCGACUACAGACAAGGUGAUGACGCAACUGUCGAAGGACUGAAGCAAGCAUUGAAUGGUCAACCUCUUCGUUAUGCUUUCGAUGCAAUCAGCGAAAACAACACCUGGAUGAAUAUUGUCAAAGUUCUCGAACCUGAAAAUGGUCACCUGUGCCUGGUGCUACCGGACUUUUCAGGUACGACAUAUGACGACAUCCCAACGACGAUUAAGUGGUCGGUUGCGAGAGUCGGGCACGCUCAUGAAGAUAUCGGAGCAGAAAGCGGUGCUCGACUCCUGGCACGUUCCUUUUUCAGAUUGUUUGGCAAUGGCUUGAGCGAAGGGUGGUUUAAAGGACACCCUCAUGAAGUUGUUCCCGGUGGAUUGGCUGGUAUCCAGACAGGUCUUACAAAUCUCAAGGAGGGGAGAGCAAGCGCUGUAAAGUAUGUCUUUAGGAUUUCAGAGACCCCGGGGUUGGAAGGUACCUCAUGA